AUUCAAAGCCUCCUAAAAAGACUUAACCCAAAAGAAAACAAACCAACGCGUAAGCGAAAGACUCUUCACUCAACAGGAACACGACACGUGUCCUCCAUAAAAUCCUCUUUUAACCGCCAAAAAAGAAACCACCCACUCUUCCAUUAACAAGUAACUCUCCCUCUCCUCUUCUUCAUCUUCUUCAUCUUCCUCUGAUCUCUCUAAACAACAAAACAAAAAAUGGUAGAAGAAGAUCGGAUCACGUUAGCUCCGACGGAGAUCUACGGCCGGAGCGACGAGGAACAGAACAACGAACCAAGAAUCUGGCGUCGGAAAACAGAGGAACCACCAGGGAAAUGUCUAGUCUAUUCCUUGACUAUAAUCGUAAUCGUCUUCGCAGUUUGUCUCAUCCUCUCUUCGAUCUUUCUCCGUAUUUCAAAACCAGAGAUCGAAACAAGAUCUGUAUCGACUCGAGAUCUUCGGUCCGGAGGUAACUCAACAAACCCUUACUUCAACGCCACGCUAGUAAGCGACAUUUCCAUCAGGAACUCGAACUUUGGCGCGUUCGAGUUCGAGGAUAGUUCGUUACGUGUUGUCUACGCUGAUCAUGGAGUUGUGGGAGAGGCUACGAUCCCAGGGAGAAGAGUUGAAGCUCAUAAGACGGUUAGAAUAACCGGUGUUGUGGUUGAGAUCGGUUCGUUUCGGUUAUUGGAUAGGAAGGGUUUGGAAUUGGAUUUAAGAUCAGGGUUUUUGGAACUGAGGAGUGUCGCUGAAGUUAGAGGAAGGAUUAAGGUUUUGGGGAGGAGGAGAUGGAAGGUUAGUGUUAUGAGUUGUACCAUGAGACUUAAUUUAACCAAUCGGUUUAUUCAAAAUUUGUUUUGUGAUUAGUUGUGAUUUAUCCGGUUUAAGGAGAUUUUAUUCGUUUCUUUGGGUUUUGAUCGUAAAUUCGUAAAGAUAAUUAAUAAUA